AUGUCUCAAACCUACGGAGAAUUUCUCAAUGCAGGCGAGGCCAAGCAACAUCGGGUCCUCAUCGCGAACCGUGGCGAGAUCGCUCGCCGCAUAAUACGCACCUGCAAAGCGCUUGGUAUUGAAACAGUUUCCAUAUAUACGACUGUCGACGCGCUAGCACCCCAUGUGCGUGAAGCAACCGUCGCCAUCCCCCUUGGCGACAACCCUCGCGAGUAUACUAAUGCCGCUCGGCUGGUUCAGAUUGCCGUGGAGAAUGGCUGUACUGCCGUACAUCCCGGGUACGGCUUUCUGUCGGAGAAUGAGGCUUUCAUGACCGCCAUCACCGAGGCGGGCGUUACAUGGCUGGGCCCCACAGCGAAAACAAUGCACGAUUUCUCUCUUAAGCACGUAGCUCGUGAGAUUGCCAAGAACGCGGGGGUUCCCAUCCUGGAAGGCAGCGGGCUGGUCACGGAGGCUAAGGAUGCCGUACAUGAAGCUCAAAAGGUUGGCUAUCCGGUACUCCUGAAGGCCACGGGAGGUGGUGGCGGCAUGGGAAUCUUCUUGUGCCGCAACGACGCGGAUGUGGCUCGGCAGUUCGAGAUGAGCAGGCACCAGGGACAAGCCUUUUUUGGCAACGCCGGGGUGUUUGUGGAGAAGUACAUCGAAAAGGCGCAUCACGUCGAGGUCCAAAUUUUUGGUGAUGGCGAGGGCGGCUGCAUCCAUCUAGGAGAGCGCGAGUGUUCCAUCCAGCGCCGCCACCAAAAGGUGCUGGAGGAGACCCCGUCCCCGUUGGUGGACUCGACUCUCCGGCAGCAGCUGACUUCAGCGGCAGUGGCACUCGGUGCGGCCUCCGCGUACCGGUCCGCGGGUACGGUGGAGUUCCUGGUGGAUGAGGAGAGCCGCCAGUUUUACUUUCUGGAGGUCAACACCCGGUUGCAGGUGGAGCAUGGCAUUACGGAAAUGGCGCAUGGCAACAUCGACAUCGUUGAGGCUCAGCUCCGCUUGCAGCUGGCCGGCUUGCUGCCCGAGGGGGGUGCUGCAGCGCUGCUGGAGUCACUGGCUUCGGCGCCCGCUACCGGCUGCGCGAUUGAGGUCCGCAUCAAUGGGGAAGAUCCCGCCCACGACUUCAGUCCGUGUCCGGGUUUGCUGGGCCACGUGUCCUUCCCGUCCCUGGAGCAAAUACCGGGAGUGCGUGUGGACAGCUGGGUGGAGACGGGCACCGAAGUCAGCCCCCACUACGACUCGCUGCUCGCCAAGCUGAUGGUCUGGGCCCCAACCCGGGAGGAGGCGGUCGCCCGCAUGGUGGAGGCACUCGCGAAGACAGAACUGCAGGGCUUCCACUUCGUACCGCACGUGGCGGAGGUGCUGGUGCCCGGCAUGCAGACCAGUGUUCAGGACUGGCCUGGUCGUACACGGUUGUGGCACGUGGGUGUUCCCCCCUCGGGCCCUAUGGACUCCCUGUCUCACCGCCUGGCCAAUGCACUGGUGGGCAAUGAGGAGGGAGCGGCGGCGCUGGAGUUCAGUCUCCAAGGCCCCACCCUCCGCUUCCACUGCCCGGCGCUGGUGGCCCUGACUGGAGCGCCCUUCGCCGCCUCCCUGGACGGGCAGCCUCUGGAGUGGGGCAGCAGCUUCCGAGUGGAGGGGGGCCAGGUGCUGGCGGUGGGGCAGCUGGUGGGCGGUGUUGGCGUCCGUGGCUACCUGGCUGUACGGGGUGGAAUCCAGGUUCCGUCGUACCUUGGAUCCAGAUCCACCUUUCCCGGCGGCAAGUUCGGAGGGUACCAGGGCAGGUACCUCCGAGUGGGCGACAGCCUGCCCCUCGCGAAGGCCGCGGAUCAGGGGGCCCAACCAACAAAACUACCGCCUGCCCUGGCACCCGCAUUCGCGGAUUCAGGUGAGGGCGGCAAGGGAGCCUCUUGGAGCGUGGGGGUGAUCAGUGGGCCGCAUGCCGACCCGGACUUCAUCACUCCAGACUUUAUGGAGAUCUUCCAUUCCUCGCCGUACAAGGUUCAUUACCAAAGCAACAGGUUGGGUGUUCGGCUUGUGGGUCCCAAGCCCGAGUGGGUCCGACCGGAUGGCGGUGAGGGCGGGACACACCCGUCUAACGUUCACGAUCACAUAUAUGCCAUCGGGGCCAUCAACUUUACGGGUGACCACCCCGUGGUCCUCACCGUGGAUGGUCCCUCCCUGGGUGGCUUUGUGUGCCCGGCCACCAUCACGUCCACGGAGCUCUGGAAGAUUGGACAGGUGCGCCCAGAUGACAGCGUUACAUUCGUACGUUUAAGCCUGACGGAAGCGCUGGCGGAUCGGCUCCGUACGGAUGCGCGGGUGGCGUCGGUUCGGGCGAUGGCGACGGAAGGCCUAACGGCGACGGCGGCCUUGGCGUCGUACGAGAAGGCGGCGGCGGCGGCAUGGGAAACUGCUUCGUCGCCUGACGUACCGAUGCCGCCCACAAAGGCCCUAUGCCGGGAGCUCCCCGCAAAGGAGGACUUCCCUGGCGCGCAGUACAGGCUGGCGGGCGAUCGUUACGUGCAGGUCGACUACGGCCCGAUGGCGCUCGAUAUCCGCCUGCGAGUGCGUGUGCACUGUCUACGGCGCGUGCUGGACGAGAUGGCGGCGGCGGGGGAGCUGCCUGGACUUGUUGAGACCAGUCCGGGAGUACGAUCGUGUAUGGUGGAGUACGACAUUGCGGCCAUCUCCCCGGGCCGGCUGUUGCAGGUACUGGAAGCUGCCGAGGCGCGCAUUCCGGAGGUUUCUUCGAUGGUGCUCCCGAGCCGCAUCGUCAACCUGCCCAUGGCAUUUGACGAGCGAUGGACCAAGGAGGCCAUUGCGAAGUACAUGAAGAGUGUACGACCGUCGGCGCCGUACCUGCCGGACAACAUCGCCUACAUCGCGGAAAACAACGGGCUGGCGGGUGGCAAGGAAGAGGUUCGAGACAAGGUAUUCUCCGCAUCUUACUUGGUGCUUGGUCUGGGUGACGUGUACCUGGGCGCGCCCUGUGCCGUACCCAUGGAUCCACGUCACCGCCUGGUCACCACCAAGAUGAACCCUGCCCGUACAUUCACGGCAGAGGGCACCGUGGGAAUUGGCGGGUCGUACAUGUGCAUCUACCCCAUGGACUCCCCUGGUGGUUAUCAGUUGGUCGGCCGUACUCUGCCCAUCUGGAAUACGUUUGGGCGCAGCGGUCCCUUCACCCCCGCCAAGCCCUGGCUGCUGGACUUCUUCGAUCAAGUACGGUUCUUCCAUGUCACCGAGUCGGAGUUGGAGUCCAUGCGGACAGGAUUUGCAAACGGAACGUACGACAUCGAGAUAACGGCCACAACUUUCGAUGUGUCGUCUUUCACUGCGAUGGAGGCGGCUGUGGCUGCCGAGACUGCCGAGUUCAAGGCCAAGCAGAGAGCCGCCAUGGACCACAUGUUGGUGGCGGAGGCGGAGUCGCUCGCAGAGCUGGCGGAGGCGGCAGCAGCGGCGGGUAAAGACUCCGCGGCAGCGGCAGCGGCAGUGGAGGACGAGGACGACGAGUCCAUGUACGACAAGCCCGGGCAUGUUAAGGUUACGGCGGCUUUCAGCGCCAACGUGUGGGACGUGCGGGUUUCGGUCGGGCAAACCGUGGCGGCAGGUGACACGCUUGUCGUGCUUGAGGCCAUGAAGAUGGAGACACCGCUGACGGCGCCGGUGGCGGGUCGAGUUGUGGCGAUACGCGCAAAGCUUUCUCAGCUGGCAGCGUCCGGUGAUACACUUGUGGUGAUUGACUCCUCUUCUGCAUAA